GCGGGGCGCUGCGACUGGGCGCGACCCGGAAGAGCUGGCGCCUGGUAACCCCAGCUUCCCUAGCAACCGAGAGGGCGCGAGCAGCGAGUGCGCUCGGGCCACUCCGGCGAUGCCCGUGCAGGUUAGCGAUUACAGCUGGCAGCAGACGAAGACUGCGGUCUUCCUCUCUCUGCCCCUGCGAGGCGUCUGCGUGAGAGAUGCGGACGUGUUCUGCACGGAAAACUAUCUGAAGGUCAACUUUCCUCCGUUUUUAUUUGAGGCAUUUCUCUACGCUCCCAUAGACGAUGCCAGCAGCAAAGCAAAGAUUGGAAAUGACGCUGUUGUCUUUACCUUGUAUAAAAAAGAAGCAGGCAUGUGGGAGACUCUCUGUGUGCCGGGUGUUGACAAAGAGAUGAUGCAAAGAAUAAGAGAAAAAUCUAUUUUGCAAGCACAAGAGAGAGCAAAAGAAGCUGCGGAAGCAAAAGCUGUAGCAAAGCGAGAGGAUCAAAAGUAUGCACUCAAUGCCCUGAUGAAGGUAAGUUGCAGAUUGCUAAAGUCCUCUAAAGAGAUAAUAGUAAACUGUGUACGGAUAAUUCAUUCUAAUGAUCGCAGUCCCUAAGCAUUGCACUCAUCCUUUGAUUAUAGGACUUACUAUGUUAUGCAGCCUGUCUACUAUUUAGAUGGGUUCCUGAAAAUCUACAUGAAAGUUGAGGGUAUCAGAAUUGGAUGAUGGAUUUAUUUCUUUCAGGGAGAGGGUCUUAUUUUUAGAGGAGUUUAAAAAUUGAAAAGUUUCUAGGAUAUAAGUGUUUCACUUCUUUUUUUAAGACUUAAUUAUUU